CAACCCAAAAAGUCCAAACAUGAACAAAAGCCGAGGAGACACCAUUUUUUGUCCUUCACUGACUCUUCUCCUAUUUAUAUUCCAUACUCCCCCUCUCCUCUCUAGCUAACAAGAAACCAUAUUCAGAUUUUCAGAUCCUUGAUCUGACACACUUUCUUCUGUAAAGUUUGAAGCUUUUUGAGGAUUACUAUUAUCAUCAAUGGCAGAGAAAACAUGGGUGAGGAUGGUGACUGCACAGACACCAACGAAUAUAGCUGUGAUAAAGUACUGGGGCAAGCGAGAUGAGACCUUGAUUUUGCCUGUUAAUGAUAGCAUAAGUGUCACUCUUGAUCCGGCUCAUCUUUGCACCACCACAACUGUUGCUGUGAGUCCUAGUUUUGACCAGGAUCGGAUGUGGCUCAAUGGAAAGGAGAUUUCCCUUUCUGGAGGCAGGUACCAAAAUUGUUUAAGGGAAAUUCGUGCCCGAGCUUGUGCAGUUGAGGAUAAGGAGAAGGGUAUCAAGAUUGCAAAGAAGGAUUGGGAGAAACUGCACUUGCAUGUUGCUUCAUAUAACAAUUUCCCUACUGCCGCUGGACUGGCUUCCUCUGCAGCUGGCUUUGCUUGUCUUGUUUUUGCCCUUGCAAAGCUGAUGAAUGCAAAAGAAGAUAAUAGUGAGCUUUCUGCUAUUGCAAGGCAAGGUUCUGGCAGUGCCUGCCGCAGUUUAUUUGGAGGAUUUGUGAAGUGGAUCAUGGGAAAAGCUGAGGAUGGAAGUGAUAGUCUAGCUGUUCAACUUGUAGAUGAAAAGCACUGGGAUGAACUUGUUAUUAUUAUUGCUGUGGUAAGUUCGCGACAGAAAGAAACAAGUAGCACCACAGGAAUGCGGGAUAGUGUUGAAACUAGCUUGCUUUUGCAACACAGGGCUAAGGAAGUUGUGCCAAAACGCAUUAAACAAAUGGAAGAAGCCAUAAAGAAUCGUGAUUUUGGAUCUUUUGCACAAUUAAGCUGUGCAGAUAGCAAUCAGUUCCAUGCAGUCUGUUUGGAUACAUGCCCCCCAAUAUUCUACAUGAACGAUACAUCUCACAGGAUAAUCAGCUGUGUCGAAAAAUGGAAUUGCUCAGAAGGAACGCCUCAGGUGGCUUAUACCUUUGAUGCUGGGCCAAAUGCAGUUCUAAUUGCACAUAAUAGAAAGGCUGCUACCCAGUUAAUGCAGAAACUGCUUUUCUGCUUCCCUCCAAGUUCCGAUGCUGAUUUGAACAGUUAUGUUAUAGGUGACAAGUCUAUACUAAAAGAUGCUGGGAUUGAAGAUAUUAAGGAUGUGGAAGCUUUGCCACCACCUCCAGAAAUUAAGGAUGCCCAGAGAUGCAAAGGAGAUGUUAGUUAUUUCAUUUGUACGAAACCUGGUAGAGGUCCUGCUUUGCUCUCCGAUGAAAGCCAGGCCCUUCUCCAUCCCGAAACUGGGCUGCCUAAAUGAACUUAAGACAAUCAAGGGUUGCUGUGAAGUGAUUCUCUCAACUGUUGCCAACAAAGUUGUAGUCAAUGCUGCACUUGCCUUGUAUCUGUAAUUUAUUAUUGUUUCUGUCUAUUUAGGUUUUCGUCUCAACAAUUAAUAAUCUGUCCAUUGCUCCUAAGCUCCUCUCAGCUGUUAGCCUUGAAUAGUUUUUAUGUUGUUUCCAAAUUUUUGUAUUCCAGAUGUUGUCAAUCAAUAAAUUCUUGGUUUUCCUGUCA